CAAACAAAAGGCAGCCAAAAAAAAAAAAAACUCAGCUCUGUUGCUUACUCUCUCUCUCUCUCUUCCCUCCUCUCUCUUCCAAUUGUUCUACAAAAAUCCACCAUGAAAGCACCUUCAAACCUCUUAUCUCUUUGCAAAAUCCUAGGAUACACUCUUUAACCCAAUCUUACUGCUGUAUGGUUUUUUCUCUAAGAAUCAAGCUUCUUUUUGGGUAAAAAGAAAAAAUUGUGAAAUGGGUUCUCUGGUCCCAUUUCAGGAUCUUAAUCUCCUUCCUGAAUCAUCUAUGGCCGCCACUACCACUACCACUACCAAUACCACCACUACCACCACCACUUCAACCCCACAAACCAUAACCUUGAAAAUCCCCAAAAUCGAACCAAAGACUGAGCUUUUGGACGAAUUCUACGCGACCCACCAAACCCACCAAGAACCCCAAACAUUGUUCCCAACUCCUUCACCGAGCGCUUUGACGAAUACCCAGUUCACUGUUUACUCGGAGAAGGAGAGCCGUACCACCCCUGACACCUCCCAAGCCUCCUCCGCCAUUUCCUCCGACCAAGACAAUGUCUAUUCCGAAUUCUACCGGAUUUCGGAGCUUUUCAGGUCCGCUUUCGCCAAGAGGUUUCAGGGCUAUGGCGGCCAAGAUGUCGAAGUUGUGGACCCGGAUACGCGAGCAAUCGUACCUGUUCCGGAGGAGAACAGCAACAUAAGCAGCAACAACAACAACAACAACAACAAUGACAACAACAACAACAACAACAACAACAACAACAACGACAACAACAACAACAGCAACCAGGGGGUGUCUACAACAAUGGUGGUUCCGAAGAGAAGGAUCCAGCCUCGCUCCUCGGAGCUUGUCCGGGUCAGCGAUCUCACAGUGGCGGACCAAAGGUGUUUCCGAGACGUGGUGAGGAGGACGAGGAUGAUAUACGAUUCCCUGAGGAUUUUCAUGGUGCUCCAGGACGAGAAAACGCAUGGUCCUGGUUUUGGGAAGCGAAUGCGAGGCGAUUUGAGAGCUUCAUCGAUAAUGAGGGACCGUGGGCUUUGGCUUAACCGUGAUAAGAGGAUUGUGGGUUCCAUUCCUGGUGUUUAUAUUGGCGAUUUGUUCUUCUUCCGUAUGGAAUUGUGCGUUGUGGGAUUGCAUGGUCAGGCACAAGCUGGUAUAGACUAUGUUCCUGCGAGCCAGAGCUCCAAUGGAGAGCCAAUUGCAACCAGUGUCAUUGUCUCUGGUGGGUAUGAGGACGAUGAAGAUGCUGGGGAUGUGAUAAUUUAUACAGGUCAUGGAGGGCAGGACAAAUUUUCUAGGCAAUGUGUUCAUCAGAAAUUGGAAGGUGGAAAUCUUGCACUUGAAAGGAGUAUGCAUUAUGGGAUUGAAGUGAGGGUCAUCAGAGGGAUCAAAUACCAGGGAAGUAUUACAAGUAAAGUUUAUGUUUAUGAUGGUUUAUAUAGAAUUCUUGAUUGUUGGUUUGAUGUGGGAAAGUCUGGUUUUGGGGUUUAUAAGUAUAAGCUUUCGAGAAUUGAGGGACAAGGUGAAAUGGGUAGCUCCAUUCUUAGGUUUGCUGAGACCCUUAGGACAUCUCCAUUGUCGGUGAGGCCAAGAGGUUAUCUUAGUCUAGAUAUUUCGAUGAAGAAGGAGAAUAUGCCUGUUAUGAUUUUCAAUGACAUCGAUUCUGAUAAGGAACCUAUGUAUUAUGACUAUCUUGUUAGCACUGUCUUCCCACCGUUUGCUUAUCAUCAGUCGGUGAAUGGGACAGGUUGUGACUGCACUUCAACUUGUUCUGAUGAUUGCUUUUGUGCUUUGAAAAAUGGAGGGCAGUUUGCUUAUGAUCAUAAUGCGAUGCUUUUGAGAGGGAAGCCUAUAGUUUUCGAAUGCGGACCCUUCUGCCGAUGUCCACCGCAAUGCCGGAAUCGUGUGUCACAGAAAGGGUCGAGGAAUAGACUGGAAGUGUUUAGGUCCAGGGAAACAGGUUGGGGAGUUAGGUCCUUUGACUUGAUACAUGCUGGUGCCUUUAUAUGUGAGUAUACUGGGGUUGUUCUCACAAGGGAGCAAGCUCAAAUUGUUUCGAUGAAUGGUGAUAACUUGAUCUAUCCACAUAGGUUUUCUGAUAGAUGGGCAGAAUGGGGGGAUUUAUCUCAAAUAUACUCUGAUUAUGUUCGUCCCUCCUAUCCCUCAAUUCCUCCAUUGGAUUUUGCAAUAGAUGUAUCAAAGAUGAGGAAUGUUGCCUGUUAUAUUAGCCACAGCUCAGCUCCUAAUGUUAUGGUGCAGUAUGUGUUAUAUGAUCACAACAAUUUGAUGUUCCCUCACCUUAUGCUGUUUGCAAUGGAGAAUAUCCCUCCUCUGAGGGAGCUUAGCCUUGACUAUGGGGUGGCUGAUGAAUGGACAGCUAAACUUUCUAUCUGUAACUGAAGAAUUUUGAAGGCGUGAUGCAUUUUUGAUUGGUGCAGAAUUAUGGAGAGAUGAUGCACUCGGAUUGAGAUCAAACUAUAUGUAUGAAGAGUUUUGACCGGGCUUUCCGGAGUUUUUGCUCUAGUCUACUUUUUGUUGGAAACAUAUUACACCUUGAAAUGUGAACUCUUCUAUCAAAAUUAUCGCCUUGCGUACAGUCAGAGGUUAUAUCUAUCUUAUUGGCUCAAAGGACUGCCCAAGCAGUGAAGAAGAAAAAUGGAAAAGGAAUGACUUUGACUAAGAAUGUGUUCAUAGGGUUCGUUUUGAUGCAUUUCUCUGACAAUUUUAGAUGGUAUAAACUGUUUAUGGACUGUCAGGAGACUGCAUAUGAACAUCCAAUUCCAAGGAGACUGGUCUUCAUGAGCCUUUCUAAGCAUGAUUUCAGGUAAUCAAGAAGCAAGGCUCUUCAUCUUUGCCGAAUACACCAAUGCACCCCCAUAACAGAGUGCUUAUAGUUGCUUAAAGGUAUCCUCUUGAAGUGAAUCCUUUUGUGAUGGAACACUAAUCGGAAAAACGAUAAAAUUGGCAGAAUUCAGUUGAUUUGUUUUGUUUUUUGUUUUUUGGUUGGUAUUGUUUUAACAAAGAAAUGUAGAAACUCUCAUUUUUGGUGAAUAGAAAUGUAUAAACUCUGACUAUCACAAAGCGACGUGACAGAUUUUGAAAUGAUUUAUUGAUGAAGAAAUUGAAAUGCUCACAGCAGCGGCAGCUGUUUUGUUUUCUGAA